AUGGCCUCUUCAAUUGAAUCAAAACUUAAAUCAAUCCUAGAUCACGUUCAGAAUAUAGUCAAGAAUGACGAAUAUAUGAAGAAAUUGAACAAGACAGCAUUGGCUGAGUUGAUUGAAAGUUUGCAAGUGCGCCUGUUUGACAAAAAGGCAGUGAACAAGGUCUACGACUUUAUUCAGGGGCUAGAGACUAAGGGAAAGGAGGACUUAUCUUCUGAUUCGUCUGAGAGCAGCUCUGAAGGUGAUGAUGAGAGUAGCUCAGGGGAUGAAGAAUCAUCAAGUUCAAGCGACGAGAGUGAUGCUGAAGAAGAUCAAAAGAAGGAGGCAACCAACGUCAGGGAGUCCCCAGAUUCAGAAUCAUCUGACUCCUCUGAUAGCUCUUCCAGUAGCGAAAGCUCUUCAUCUUCAGACAGUGACUCAUCUUCGAGCUCAUCAGAUUCAGACUCCGAUUCAUCCACCUCUUCGAGUUCCUCAAGCUCUUCAAGCUCAUCAUCAUCAUCAUCAGACUCAGACUCAGACUCAGACUCAUCCAGCUCAUCCAGCUCUUCAUCAUCAGACUCAGACUCGUCAAGUUCGUCUUCGGAUUCCAACUCAUCUAGUGACCCUGAUUCAGGCUCCGAGUCAGACUCCGAUUCCACCACCACCAACAAGAAGAGGAAGCAUAAUGAAGUCCAAGAACCACAGGAACCAAAAAGGGCCAAAAUUGAGCCUAGCUCCUCCGCAAGCUCUUCAGUCACAGAGUCCAUCCACUCCAACUCAACCCCAGCCACUCCAGAACCAGAACUCAAACCGGGACAAAGAAAGCAUUUUUCGAGAAUCGACAGAUCAAAAAUAUCAUUCGAAGAUAGAGCUUUGCAAGAUAACACAUACAAGGGAGCUGCUGGAACUUGGGGUGAAAAGGCUAGUGAAAGGUUGUUGCAAGUUAGAGGAAAAGAUUUCACCAAAAACAAAAACAAGAUGAAAAAAGGUAGUUACAGAGGAGGAAGUAUCACUUUCGCCAGUGGGUCUUACAAAUUCGCUGACUAA